AUGAAAGGCACCGAUGCACUGGCCUCUGGUAGCCUCAAAAGUCAAGUGAACGAGUGUAACCCGCAGCUUACGCCCGUACGGCUCGGCUCGGCACCAAAGAAGGAAGCGUACCUUCUAAACAAAUUUAAAGAACGGCAGGGCGUGCGCUCGGCGUCCUGUCUGCAUGUGUGGGCACACCUACGAAUGGUUACAUACUGUUUUAGUGACGUGGCUCGCCUUCCAGUGUCAGCAAUCAGCAUCGCUGCAGUCUCUAAAUGCAUAGAUGCGCACCCCUUGAGCCUUUGUUCUACAGAAUGCACACAGUGCUGUAGAGUCGUGGUGAUGGCGCGUUCAACACCCUAUGACCUCCACAUUGUCGCGUGGCCUCCGGAGUCUCGUACAGCAGGGGAAUUUCGUCCGCAGGGCACAAAAGCAGCCACAAAAGCAGUACGAGCAGUGCUGAAGGAGUCUUGGCAUGGCGCCGUCACCACCUACAGACUCUGCCUUCCCACUUGCCUUCCACCGUCCCACAUCAGUAUGAUAGCAGCAGCAGGGUACAGAGCAGCUGCCAAUUCAGCACUGCUGUACUGCUACAGAUACAGUGCUGCAGGCGCCUCGGUGACGGACUUUAACCAGCCCUCUGAGCCCCACACUUUUGCGUAUCCCUUUAGAUUCCAUACAUCCGCACAGCAGCGAGAGCAGGUCGCAGAACCAGCUGCAGACGCCGUACUGAUAGACUGCAAUGAACACCAUGCUGAAGAAGCUGUGGUGAAGGGGGUUGCACCGCUGUUCGAGUUGCACGUUCUCGCUUGUUUCUUGUGGUCUCAUACAACAGUAGGGGAGCAGCAGCUGGGCACAGCAGCAACUUUGACGGCAGCAAUGCUGUACUGGUGCAUACUGUGCUCAGGGGGUCGUGGCGAUGAGGCCUUCACUACCUUACGAGCUAUACGUCCCUGGUUGCUCUUUAAAGUCCAUACACCAGAAGAGCUGCAGCAGCAUGGACCAGCGGCAGCUACACAAGCCCUGUUGCUGCACUGCUGCGUACGGAGUCCUGGAAAAGUCAUGAUGACGGGGUUUCCACUUUUCUAG